UAAAAAAAAAAAUUUUAAAUAAUUUCAUUUUAUUAAUCCACUCAUUUUUUGUUUAAUUUUAGGAAGAGUUGAGCUAUCUGUUGAACAAAUGUCAUUUAUUCAAGUUUGAGACUGAUAAACUUGAACGCGCAAAAAAUCUUUUAAACGAUAGAUGCGAAAAACUCGAGCUCAGCUAUCAAAAGGCAAAGCAAGAAAUAGAAAGAUUAAGACAAGAUCUUGAAGAUUCCUGUAAUAAGUUGUCUAUUGAAUCAGAGUACAAAAUCAAGAAUUUGAAGACUGAAAAUGAGGCUUUAAAUAGUAUUAUUCGAGCGUACAAAUCAGAUUUAGACUUGAUUAAGGAAGAAAUGAAAAAAUUAGGAUUAGUUGAUUUUUCUAUUGCAAGCAUUAAACAAGGUAUCAAUUUUAUGCGUGUAGAAAAUGAACAGUUUAAAAAUGAUUCAGAGCGAUCUAAAAUGACCAUAAAAGAUUUGAAAUUGGCCAAUGAAUGCUUAACCAAAACAUUGCACGAUUUCAAAGUCGGAAAAGAUGCAGCCGUUAUUAAAUUUAAAGAAAAAAUUAUGCGACUGCAACACGAAAUUGCAUUAAAAAAUGAAAAAAUAAAAAGUUUAGGCACACAAGUGGGUUACGGAGAAACGAUUAUUGACGAACAAUUGGAUCUCAUCAAAGAUCAGAGCAGCAAAUUAUUUUAUCAUGAGCAUUACGUUAAUGGAUACUACAAAGAGCUUGAUUCAUCAAAAGAAGUCGUGAGUGUUCUCCGAAAUCACUUGGAUUCUUUGCAAGAAAUUUUAAAAGAAAAAAAUGAUUGCAUUAAUAAGAUCAAAGAAGAAAAUCUAAUUUUACGAAACAAUAAUGAUUUACUUAUGGUCGAGCUUAAUUUACAAGAACAGAAAGAAAAAAAUGAGGUUUCUUUUAUGCAACAACAACUUAAGUUCGCAAAAACUCAAUUAGUAGAGACGCAACAAAAUUACGAUAAGGCAGUCCAAGAAUUAAAGAAGAAGGAAGAGUAUUUGAUUCAAUUAGCGACGAAAUCUAACCCUGUAGAACAACCUCAGACGAUCGCGACUCCGGAUAUCUGCAAGUGUGUGACGAGAGGUAUAGAAGAGGAACUGAAAAAUACUCAAGAGGCUGUACAAACUCUUAACAAAGAAUUAGAAGACGUUCGCGAGAAACAUUCCUUGAUGAAAAUUGCGCUAUCCGAAGCUCAAAAUAAAUUAAGUACUGUCUCGAGCAAAUUUGAAAUAUCCGAGAGAAGUUGCCAACGGCAAAAGGAUGAAUCGAUGCUGCUGGAGAAAAAACUGGCUUGCAUCAAUCAAAAGUUUCAGAGUUGUACGGAUAAAAAUGAGGAACUUAUCAAGCAGAAUAAAGCCCUCGAAGACUGUAAUAAUAAAUCUCUAGAAGAGCUCGAAGACAUCGUAUUACAGUUGGAAGACAUGCAAAGCUCCCUCGUAGAAUUGCGCAACGAAUGCGAUACGAAGACCCAAGCGUUGGACAACGUAUCUCAAGAGCUCGAACGCAUGAAAGUCAGCCGUCUAGAGGUGUGCGAAGAGUCGAAAAGCGUUCUCGAGUGGGUCCGUCGUUGGAUGCAAGAGCAAAAACAGCGGGUCAAAGGUCUCCAAGACGAGCUCCGAGAUAAACAUAAGCACCUGAAGCGUGCGAACGCCGAUAAAAAAAAAUGCAUACUUGCAAUGAGACAAGUCAGACGAGUCAACAAAAUGCUGAAAAAAAGAUUGAAGUACAUUCACAGGCCGCGACAAAUCAUAUCGUACUCGAAUGCUUAUUGUCAGCAAAACAACAAGUCACAGGUCCAGCCUUCGGUAGAUCACGUCCAGAUAAAUGGUUUGUCGCACACAACAUGUUCAACGUAUCAAGCGCACGCACCCGAUUCCAAAUCGAUCUAUACUAUUCUUAGAAAGGAAUGCAACGACAGACAAAAUCAUGCCGUCGAUAAGCUACAAACUAAAGGAAACUAUUGGUGGUUUCCCACGCUGGAGCACAUAUUGAGAGAAAUGCCAAAAACUGUCAAAUUUAACCGAAACAUUAUCAGCGAUAAUAAAAUUUUAGACGAGUCUAUAGAUUGUGGUUACAUGACGUCAAGUAGUAAAUAGUUUUUUUAGAGUCAUAUA